AUAAUAUUAUAUAUUGAUUUAUAAAUGAUGCUUUAUAAUAAUUAUAGAUAGUGAAAUUAAUUUCCGACAAUACCCAAUAAUAACUAAUAUAUAUUCUUUAACUUAAGAACGAUAUCUGCGUCCUGUAACCUAAAAAUAGAUGUCAAUCUGAAUUUAAACCGAAUAUUUUUAUUUUAUUAUUGAAGCAACUAAUUUUAAUUAAUUAUUCAAAAUGCCACGAAUUAUGAUAAAGGGGGGUGUCUGGAGGAACACAGAAGAUGAAAUUCUUAAAGCAGCGGUAAUGAAAUAUGGCAAAAAUCAAUGGUCCAGAAUAGCAUCUCUUUUGCACAGGAAAUCAGCUAAGCAAUGUAAAGCCAGAUGGUUUGAAUGGCUAGAUCCAAGUAUCAAGAAAACUGAAUGGUCAAGAGAAGAAGAUGAAAAAUUACUUCAUUUGGCAAAAUUGAUGCCAACUCAGUGGCGAACUAUUGCUCCAAUUAUUGGUCGUACUGCAGCACAAUGUUUAGAACGAUAUGAAAAUUUGCUUGAUCAAGCUCAGAAAAAAGAGGAUGGUGAAGAUGGCAUCGAUGAUCCACGUAAGCUUAAGCCUGGAGAAAUUGAUCCAAACCCUGAAACCAAACCAGCAAGACCAGACCCAAAAGAUAUGGAUGAAGAUGAAUUGGAAAUGUUGUCUGAAGCCAGAGCCAGAUUAGCAAAUACACAGGGUAAAAAGGCUAAAAGAAAAGCACGUGAGAAGCAAUUAGAAGAAGCACGUAGAUUAGCAGCAUUACAAAAAAGAAGGGAGUUGAGAGCUGCUGGUAUUGGUUCUGGUUUUCGAAAUAAGAGAAAACGAGGUGUGGAUUAUAAUAAAGAAAUUCCAUUUGAAAAACGUCCAGCAAUUGGUUUCCAUGACACAUCCAAUGAAGUAUUAGAUCCCAUGGCUCCAAAUUUUAGCAGAAUGAGAUUGCAACAUUUAGAUGGCGAACUUCGGGUAGAAAAGGAGGAGAGGGAACGGAAGAAGGAUAAACAAAAAUUAAAGCAAAGAAAAGAAAAUGAUAUACCUUUAGCUAUGCUACAAAAUCAAGAACCGGCUAAAAAGCGAUCAAAGCUGGUACUGCCAGAACCUCAGAUAUCAGACCAGGAACUCCAACAAGUUGUUAAAUUAGGACGAGCCAGUGAAGUUGCUCGAGAAGUUGCCAGUGAGAGUGGAAUUGAAACUACUGAUACUUUGUUAGCAGAUUAUGCACUAACUCAGCAAGUUACUGCAACUCCAAGAACGCCAGCUCCACAAACUGAUAGAAUUUUACAAGAGGCUCAAAAUGUCAUGGCAUUAACUCAUGUUGAUACACCCUUAAAAGGAGGUAUCAACACUCCAUUACACAUGUCUGACUUUACUGGGGCACUUCCACAAGCGGCAGUGGUGGCCACUCCAAAUACAGUAUUAGCUACACCAUUUAGAUCUUCAAGAGCAGAUGGUUCUGCAACACCUGGCAGUACACCAGGAUUUAUGACACCAGGUUCUGGAGCCUUAGUUCCUAUAGGAGCUGCACACACAAAUACAAAUAAUUUCACUCCAUCAAUGAUUCGAGAUAAGUUAAAUAUUAAUGUAGAAGAACAUUUAAGUGUAGGAGAUACUCCACAAGCAUUAAAGAAUUAUAAUAAACAGAUUAAGGCAACUCUAAAGGCGGGCUUGAGUUCUUUACCCAUUCCCAGAAAUGAUUAUGAGAUUGUUGUUCCCGAAGAUGAACAGAUUCAAGAAGAGCAGUCUAGUGAAACAGUGAUUGAAGAUCAGGCGGAUGUGGAUGCAAGAUAUCAGGCUGAGCUUUUAGAAAAACAAAAAUUAGAAUUAUCUAGAAGAUCACAAGUAAUUCAGAGAAAUUUGCCAAGACCUUUAGAAGCAAAUAUGCUAAUUUUGAGACCAUCAGCAGAUUGUGCAGGUUUAACAGAUUUACAACAGGCUGAAGAACUGAUAAAACGAGAAAUGAUAACAAUGUUACAUUAUGAUGCAGUGAAUAACCCAUUACAAGUUCAAGCAAAGAAAUCAACAUUGGCACAUGCCCAACAAUUAUCAUAUUUGGAGCAGCACCCAUAUGAAAAAUUUAGCGAUGAAGAGAUUGCUCAUUCUAAAAAAUUACUUCAAAAAGAAAUUGAAGUUGUCAAGAAUGGCAUGGGUCAUGGAGAGUUAUCGUUAGAAGCAUACACUCAAGUUUGGGAAGAAUGCUUAGCACAAGUUUUGUACCUACCUAGUCAAAAUAGAUAUACCCGAGCAAAUUUAGCCAGUAAAAAAGAUAGAUUGGAAUCAUUAGAAAAAAGAUUAGAACAAAAUCGGAAACAUAUGGCACGUGAAGCUAAAUAUUGUGCAAAAAUGGAGAAAAAAAUAAGGAUUUUAACUGGUGGUUAUCAGGCACGGGCACAAGGUCUAUUAAAACAUUUACAAGAGGUUUAUGACCAAACUGAACAGGCCACCUUAGAAUUAUCUACCUUCAAAUUUUUGGCUACUCAAGAAAAAGCUGCCAUACCCAGAAGGAUGGAGUCUCUAACUGAAGACGUUCAAAGACAAACUGAAAGGGAGAAACAGCUACAAAGAAAAUAUCAAGAGUUGCAAGAAAAACUUCAAGAACUGAAUGAAUUAGAUUGAAAUAAGCUGUAAUGGUAAUUUUAGAUUCUUUUAUAAUUUCAAUCAAAAUAAAUUAUUUUAAGGUAUGUUAUGACUUUCUUAGAU